CCCCCUCCCUGGUUGAACUGGCUAUGUGGUCCUAACAAACAUUACGUUCAGUCCUGGACAGAUACUGCAACAACCCACAUCACUGGCGUGUAGCUACACACUUUUCGCUGCGAAGAAGUAAGUGGAUAAAACACACGGAAUAUAACGAUACGAACUACCGAACGAGAAGAAGUUGAGCCGACCGACAUACGAAGGACGCAAAAGGAAGCGUUUCCCUCUGUGUUGCAAAGCUGUGGCUUGUUGGACAAAGUCUUGUUCUCGACUCUGUGCAUGUUGAAAUCGGAGGAGUGCAUUGGUACGGUGACUCGGUCAGACACCGUCUAGUUUCCAAGCAGAGCGGCCGCAGCGGCAAGGCAACACCGGAGGCAUGAUUUUGAGAAGGGGCUCCGUUGUUGGCGUUGCUGAUUUUUGCUUACGUGCCUUAUUGUUGUGCUUUUGUGCAAAGGUGGCCGAGGGAACCGGUCAGUUCGAGUUGGAGAUCUUAUCGAUGAACAACCGGAACGGCGAGCUUCUUAGCGGGCUGUGUUGUGACGGUUCACGGAUCACCGGGGAUCGGAAAUGCAGGACGGAUGAGUGUGAUACGUAUUUUAAAGUGUGUUUGAAGGAAUACCAGUCGCGGGUUUCGGCUGCGGGACCUUGCAGCUUCGGGUCCGGUUCUACCCCUGUCCUUGGAGGGAAUACAUUUUCUUUGAAGAACUCGGCGAAGAACGAAAGAUCCAAGAUUGUUUUGCAGUUCAGUUUCGCCUGGCCGAGGUCCUACACGUUGAUAGUGGAAGCCUUGGACGCUAACAAUGACACCAGCGGUGGUGAAGGUCAGGUGAUUGAGAAGGCGUCCCACUCUGGGAUGAUCAACCCCAACCAUCAGUGGCAGAAGCUCAGCCACAACGGUCCUAUUGGUCAGUUUGACUAUCAGAUCCGGGUCAGCUGUGACGAGCACUACUACGGCUUCGGAUGCAACAAGUUCUGCCGACCCCGAGACGAGUUCUUCGGACACUACACCUGCGACUACAACGGGAACAAGACCUGUCUGGAGGGCUGGUCUGGACUAGAAUGUAACACACCUAUUUGUCGGCAGGGCUGCAGUACAGAACAUGGACACUGCAAAGAGCCAGGUGACUGCAAGUGUCUGUAUGGCUGGCAGGGGCAGUACUGUGACCAGUGUAAUCCUCACCCUGGCUGUGUCCAUGGAACCUGUGUUGAACCAUGGCAGUGUCUAUGCGAUACCAACUGGGGAGGACAUCUCUGUGACAAAGAUCUGAACUUCUGUGGGACCAAACAGCCCUGUCUGAACGGAGGAACCUGCAGCAACACAGGACCUGACAAAUACCAGUGUUCCUGUGUUGAGGGCUACUCUGGAGUCAACUGUGAGAGGGCAGAGCAUGCAUGUCUGUCUGAGCCCUGCUCUAAUGGAGGGAGCUGUGUUGAGACCAGUCUGGGUUAUGAGUGUGUCUGUUCCCCGGGCUGGAGUGGACCCUCCUGUAGCCUCAAUGUUGAUGAGUGCUCUCCUAACCCCUGUAACCACGGUGGGACCUGUCAGGAUCUGGUUCAUGCUUAUAAGUGUCUCUGUCCUCCUCAGUGGACCGGCAAGACCUGCCUCAUCGACGCCAACGAAUGCGACAGCAAGCCCUGUGUCAACGCCAACUCUUGCCGCAACCUGAUUGGUGGAUACUUCUGCGAGUGCGUUCCUGGUUGGACGGGACAGAAAUGUGACAUCAAUAUCAAUGACUGCAAGGACCAAUGCCAGCACGGAGGAACCUGCAGGGACUUGGUGAACGGGUUCCGCUGUGUGUGUCCUGCGGGUUACUCUGGAGACCACUGUGAGAGAGAUGUGGAUGAGUGUGCCGGCGCUCCAUGUCUGAACGGCGGGCGAUGCCAAGACCAGAUCAACGGAUUCACCUGUCUCUGUCUGCCAGGAUUCUCGGGACAACUCUGUCAGUUGGACAUAGACUACUGCCUCGUCAACCCAUGUCAGAACGGAGCCGCAUGUUACAACCUGGCUACAGGUCACUACUGCGCCUGUUCAGACGACUACGAAGGAAAAAACUGCUCUCACCUCAAAGACCACUGUCACACCAGCACGUGCAAAGUGAUUGACAGCUGCACGGUUGCCGUGGGAUCCAACAGUACCCCUGGAGGAGAGCGGUACAUCUCCUCCAACGUGUGUGGUCCUCACGGACGCUGUCGGAGCCAGGCGGGAGGACAGUUCAGCUGUGACUGUCAGGAGGGCUUCAGAGGCACAUACUGUCACGAGAAUAUUAAUGAUUGUGAGAGCAGCCCGUGUGGUAACGGAGGAACCUGUAUAGAUAAAGUCAGUGUGUACCAGUGUAUUUGUGGAGACGGCUGGGAGGGGGAUCACUGCGAGACCAAUAUAGAUGACUGCAGCACUAGUCCAUGCCAUAAUGGAGGAACAUGUCGAGACCUGGUGACUGAUUUCUUCUGUGAGUGUAUGAACGGCUGGAAGGGGAAGACCUGCCACUCCCGUGAGAGCCAGUGUGACGAGGCUACCUGUAACAACGGAGGGACAUGCCAUGACGAGGGAGACACCUUCCAGUGCAAGUGUUCCCCUGGAUGGGAGGGGGCUACCUGUAAUAUAGCUAAGAAUAGCAGCUGUCUUCCUAACCCCUGUGAGUACGGGGGAACCUGUGUGACCAGCGGGGACUCCUUCACCUGCGUCUGCAAGGAGGGCUGGGAAGGAGACACCUGUAAACAGAAUACCAACGACUGCAACCCACACCCAUGUUAUAACAGUGGGACCUGUGUAGAUGGUGAUAACUGGUAUCGAUGUGAAUGUGCUCCAGGCUUCGCUGGGCCAGACUGCAGGAUCAAUAUCAACGAGUGCCAGUCCUCUCCCUGUAUCUUUGGUUCCAGCUGUAUUGAUGAGAUUAAUGGCUACCGCUGCCUGUGUCCCCAAGACAGAGCUGGGCCACGCUGUCAGGAAGUGACACAGAGGCCGUGUUCGGUGAACGGUCGUCUGACCGCUGAAGGAGCAAAGUGGGAUGAGGACUGCAACACCUGUCAGUGUUUUAAUGGGAAGGUGGUGUGUACCAGGAUGUGGUGUGGUCCUAAGUCGUGCCGGGUCAGCGGUGGGGUCAAAGGUCGAGGCAGCGGAGGAGGCGGGGCCGGGUGUCGGUCUGGUCAGAGCUGUGUACCAAUCAGGGAGGAGCAGUGUUUUGUCCGACCGUGUCUGAAUCUUGGGGAGUGCCUCCCCUCCUCCCCACCAACCACCAAAUGUCACCCCAGCUCCGGUUACCACGACAACAGCUGUUCCAACAUCACGUUUACGUUCACCAAGGAGACCAUGCCCAGGGGUCUGAGUAUUGAGGCAGUGUGUAAGCAGCUGAGACAACUCUAUGUGCUGAAUAAUGUGUCCUCUGAGUAUUCUGUUUCCAUAACCUGUGACCCUUCAACCUCCGCCAGCAAUGAGAUCCAUCUCAGCAUCUACACAGAGGCCCACCCGAUGGACAGAUCCCCUAUAAAGGAGAUAACAGAUAGGCUCGCCGAUCUGGUGUCUAAUCACCAUGGCAAUAACAGCAUCAUCAGCGCCAUCGCCAAGGUCCGUGUGCAGCGGAGGCCUAGCGCCAGCCAGACGGACUACCUAGUACCCUUGCUGUCCUCUGUCUUCAUUCUCCUCUGGAUCCUGGCGUUGGUCUCGGUCUUCCUCUACUGCGUGCGUCGCCGUCGGAAACAUGGCAGUCACCAUGGCAACGGAACCUUGUCAUCCGCGGCAACCGACGACAACACAACCAACAAUGUGCGUGAGCAGCUCAACCAGAUCAAGAACCCGAUCAACGAGAAACACGCCGGAGGCGGCGGCCAUCUUACAACAUCGGUGGCCAUCAAGGACUACGAGGAUAAGAACUCGAUCAUCGCCAAGGUACGGACACACCACCCCCCGGAGGGGGAGGAGGACAACGAUAAAGAGAGACAUAUGGGGAACAAAGGACGCUUUGCGGUUCCAGCCAAACAACCCACCUACACACUGGUGGAGCGGGAAGACUGGGGCUUCAAUGGAGGCCUGGGGGCCAACGGGCCCAACGAAGGGGACGGCAGGACCCCGGUGCAGCCCAGCUCCAAACACUGGACUAAUAAACAGGACAACAGAGCCCUGGAGACGGCACACAGCAUGAACAGGAUGGACUACAUCGUAUAGCAGGAAGUGACAUUGGAGGCAAGGAAAUAAACGCUGUGUAAAGAAUUCCCCUUCCUGGACUUUAUGGUCACCCCGGCAACGUGGUCCUUCUGACACGUUCUGUGGACAGUGUUGCCGUGCAACCAAAGCCUUUGAUCAUGCAGAAGAGGACCAGGGGGUGUUCUGGGAUUUGUAGUUUUGUAGUUCCUAAACUGUUACGUCAUUAUUCCGUGACUACAAGGUUGUUUUAUUUUGGAUAUAAUAAAUGGUACGUCAGAUGUGGUACCCUGUUCUCUGUUUAGUGCACUGCUUUUGACCAGAGCCCUAUGGGCCAAGUGUACAUUGUAGGGAGUAGGUUGCUGUUUUAGACGUUGCUCCUGAUCAUUUAAUGCUAGCUGGCCACACUGGCAGAGCAGGUUGCUUUGGUUGGCAGGAUAAGAGGGUGUUGUGUUUUCACAUUUCAACACGACACCUAAUUCCCUAAAUAACGCACUACUUUUGAGCAGAGCCCUUAUGGGCCCUGGUCUAAAGUAGUGCACUAUGUAGGGAAUAGGGGGCUAUUUCAGACACGCAUUGGUUUAAUGUAUUUCUCUCUCUCUCUCUAGUAGGUAUAAACUAGUUUUGUUUGCCUUUUCAGUUUCAUAACAAUGUCAUGAAAUUAAACCAAAAAUAAAUACAACUUUAGAAUGAUUUAUUUGGGCGGGUGGGGUCGAUGUCAGCAGUUGCAAUAUGAAGAAUUUGUGUCUGUUUAGAAUGUGUAGAUAUGUACAUUUAUUUUUUAUUAAUCAUUGUGUAUAUUUGAUUUAUUAACUUAAAUAAUAAUCAAGAGCCUUAAGAUAUCAUUCCUUUUUAUUUAUAUGUUCUGUCUCUAGAUGUAAGGUUUUGACAGCUUAGUUUGUUUUUUUGAUAUUGAACAUGUUUUUUAUUUUACAAAAUGCCCCCAAAAAAAUGCUUCUUUUUUUUUUUGCCUGAAAUAUUUGUUGUUUUGUUUAUGAUUCUACAGCGUCCAUUGUUGAUUCUACAGUGUCCAUUGUUGAUUCUAUGAUUCUACAGUUUAUGAUUCUACAGUUUAUGAUUCUACAGCGUCCAUUGUUGAUUCUAUGAUUCUACAGUUUAUGAUUCUACAGUGUCCAUUGUUGAUUCUACAGUGUCCAUUGUUGAUUCUAUGAUUCUACAGUUUAUGAUUCUACAGCGUCCAUUGUUGAUUCUAUGAUUCUACAGUUUAUGAUUCUACAGUGUCCAUUGUUGAUUCUACAGUGUCCAUUGUUGAUUCUACAGUGUCCAUUGUUGAUUCUAUGAUUCUACAGUUUAUGAUUCUACAGUGUCCAUUGUUGAUUCUAUGAUUCUACAGUUUAUGAUUCUACCAUUGUUGCUUAGACUUUGCAGGCUAGAGGGGAAGAAGAAAUAAAAACAAAAUACAAAAUAAAUGGUUGCUUUUGGGUUGUAAAACGAUUCAGAGAUUGAGUGUAGUGGCAGACAUUUUCCUUGUGACUACUAUUUGAACAAAAAUCCUUUAGCAGCAUCUUAAGUCACUCAUAAUCACAUACUCAGAAAACAAGUAUAUCUGCCAAUCACGCAUAAAGUCAUAGCUAGACCCAGGACUUGUCCCACAUGGCACCCUAUUCCCUAUGGGCCCUCGUCAAAAGUAGUGCACCCUAUUCCCUAUGGGUCCUGGUCAAAAGUAGUGCACCAUAAAGUGAAUAGGGUGCCAUUUGGGAUGUAACCCAAUCAUACUUGAAUGGUAGAGGGUCAACAGUCCCGGAUCGGUUUGUGCUAUCAAAUCCAUUGCAUGCAUGAUUUGGCAAGAUGGCACAAACAGAAUAAGAGAGCUGAUCUAGGAUCAGGUCCUGCCUGUUCAUAUAAAUUGUAUUCAUUAUCCGAAAAGGCCAAACUGAUCCUUAUACCAGCACUAUGAAUUGUGGACCCUGGGACUCUUGAGGGGUUAUACUACGAAGCAACAUCAAUUCGCCAGCUAACUUCCACCCAGAUAAUGUUGUCAAGUAUAUCUUGUCCCACAUGGCACCCAAUGGGCCCUCAUCAAAAGUAGUGCACCCUAUUCCCUAUGGGCCCUGGUCAAAAGUAGUGCACUAUAAAGUGAAUAGGGUGCCAUUUGGGAGAGAACAAACACCUCAAACGAACAGUUACAUUUUUAUUUUUUUUAUUUUUAAGCUUCCUGUUUCCUUAUUGGCUGCGGUCGACUCACAUGAAUAUAUUUUAUGUCCGUUAUAUGCCCACACCGUUAAAACACGGAAAAACUGCUUAACAUACUUUAUUAUUUUUUAGGAAGGAAAAAUGUCACUCAAUUGUAAUUAAUUAUACGUUAUAUUUCAUAAAUCUAGAAACGGUGGACAAUGAGGAAAGAUAAAACUUGUGUUUUUGGUUGUGUUGACCCAAUUGGACAAUGUUCAAGUUGAUUUUUCAAGUAAGUUAUUUACAACUAUUUAGUCAAUUUAGCUGAAACAUUGACCCUGCUUGGUUGUGUGCUGCCGGAAGACUUCUUUAGUUUCUGUUUCAACUAUAAAGACGGACAUGUUUUCUCUUUCUGAGAUCAUGGCAACAUUCAUUUCCUGUCCUUUUUCAUUCAUUUCCUUUUUCCACCUUUGUGUUAUGAGGAUGUAUUAUGUGUUGAUGUUGCAAUUCUGGCAAUAUUUUGAAAGUCAAUAUUUAUUAAAUAUUUUUUAUGAAAAGAGAAAUUAAAAACUGUCACCGUU